AUGUUGAGUCACAGAAUUAUUCGUAGUUCUAUUUCUUCUUGGGUGAAUUGGCUUGUCAACAUCACUAAUAUCACUUUGAAUUCGAAGGCUGAGUUGGAUCGGGUGUUAUCUUAUGUGGCUUUUACGUGUUGGCACAUUUGGAAGAGUAGAUGCAAUUUCCUUUUUCAAAAUGGAUCUAUUAACCCCAGGAAUGUGCUUGCUGCCAUCGACACCUCUGUUAGUGCGUUCAGUGAAGCUUCCAGAAACAAGGUGAUUAGACCUUCCAUGCCCAACCCAGCUGCUCAAGUGCCUGCCCGGUGGUGUCUCCCACCUCCUCCUUUCGUUAAGAUCAAUGUCGAUGCAAGUUGGGAGCAGGGUACAUUCUCGGGCUUCUCGGGGGUUGUGGUUAGGGACUCGGCCGGAACCUUUAUCGCGGCUAGGAGAGGUUGCUUUGCUGCGCAUUCUGCGGCAGUGGUUGAGGCCAUUGCGAUCCGCCACGGCUGUGAGUUGGGUGUAGCUAUGGGAUUUAAUUUGAUUGUGAUCGAAUCUGAUUCCCAGGAUUCUAUUUCUUACCUUAUGGGUAAGACUUCAAAUGGCAGGUGGGAGGCUUUUCCGGUGUUGACGAAAUGUAAGCUGAUUGGAAACUCCUUUCAAGACUGUCGCUGGUCUUGGAUUCCAAGAUCAGCCAAUUUGGCGGCGGAUUGUUUGGCGUCGCGUAGAAAUAGGGAGAUGUGUGAUUUUACUUGGGUCAAUAGGCCUCCAUCUUCUUUGGUUCAUGUUUUAUGUAAUGAUGGACUCCCUUGUCCUCCUUGA